CUGGGCUGUAGCCGGCGCGGCGCGCGGUGCGGCCUGGGAGAGUCGGAAGCGCGGUGGCCGCGGAGCCCUGCGAGUAGGCAGCGUUGAGCCCAUGCAGGACGCGGAGAACGUGGCGGUGCCCGAGGCGGCCGAGGAGCGCGCCGAGCCCGGCCAGCAGCAGCCGGCCGCCGAGCCGCCGCCAGCCGAGGGGCUGCUGCGGCCCGCGGGGCCCGGCGCUCCGGAGGCGGCGGGGACCGAGGCCUCCAGUGAGGAGGUGGGGGUCGCGGAGGCCGGGCCGGAGCCCGAGGUGAGGACCGAGCCGGCGGCCGAGGCAGAGGCGGCCUCCGGCUCGUCUGAGUCGCCCUCGCCGCCGGCCGCCGAGGAGCCGCCCGGGUCGCACGCUGAGCCUCCUGCCCCGGCACAGGGCGAGGCCCCAGGAGAGCACGCUCGGGACGAGCGCUCCGACAGCCGGGCCCAGGCGGCGUCCGAGGACGCGGGAGGAAACGAGGGCAGAGCGGCCGAGGCCGAACCCCGGGCGCUGGAGAACGGCGACGCGGACGAGCCCUCCUUCAGCGACCCCGAGGACUUCGUGGACGACGUGAGCGAGGAAGAAUUACUGGGAGAUGUACUCAAAGAUCGGCCCCAGGAAGCAGAUGGAAUUGAUUCGGUGAUUGUAGUGGACAAUGUCCCUCAGGUGGGACCCGACCGACUUGAGAAACUCAAAAAUGUCAUCCACAAGAUCUUUUCCAAGUUUGGGAAAAUCACAAAUGAUUUUUAUCCUGAAGAGGAUGGGAAGACAAAAGGGUAUAUUUUCCUGGAGUACGCGUCCCCUGCCCACGCUGUGGAUGCCGUGAAGAACGCCGACGGCUACAAGCUUGACAAGCAGCACACGUUCCGGGUCAACCUCUUCACGGAUUUUGACAAGUAUAUGACCAUCAGUGAUGAGUGGGAUAUUCCAGAGAAACAGCCUUUCAAAGACCUGGGGAACUUACGUUACUGGCUUGAAGAGGCAGAAUGCAGAGAUCAGUACAGCGUGAUUUUUGAGAGUGGAGACCGCACUUCCAUAUUCUGGAAUGACGUAAAAGACCCUGUCUCAAUUGAAGAAAGAGCGAGAUGGACAGAGACGUAUGUGCGUUGGUCUCCUAAGGGCACCUACCUGGCUACCUUUCAUCAAAGAGGCAUUGCUCUAUGGGGGGGAGAGAAAUUCAAGCAAAUUCAGAGAUUCAGCCACCAAGGGGUUCAGCUCAUUGACUUCUCACCUUGUGAAAGAUACCUGGUGACCUUUAGCCCCCUGAUGGACACGCAGGAUGACCCUCAGGCCAUAAUCAUCUGGGACAUCCUUACGGGGCACAAGAAGAGAGGUUUUCACUGUGAGAGCUCAGCCCAUUGGCCUAUUUUUAAGUGGAGCCAUGAUGGCAAAUUCUUUGCCAGAAUGACCCUGGAUACGCUUAGCAUCUAUGAAACUCCUUCUAUGGGUCUUUUGGACAAGAAGAGUUUGAAGAUCUCUGGGAUAAAAGACUUUUCUUGGUCUCCUGGUGGUAACAUAAUCGCCUUCUGGGUGCCUGAAGACAAAGAUAUUCCAGCCAGGGUAACCCUGAUGCAGCUCCCUACCAGGCAAGAGAUCCGAGUGAGGAACCUGUUUAAUGUGGUGGACUGCAAGCUCCAUUGGCAGAAGAACGGAGACUACUUGUGUGUGAAAGUAGAUAGGACUCCGAAAGGCACCCAGGGUGUUGUCACAAAUUUUGAAAUUUUCCGAAUGAGAGAGAAACAGGUACCUGUGGAUGUGGUCGAAAUGAAAGAAACCAUCAUAGCCUUUGCCUGGGAACCAAAUGGAAGUAAGUUUGCUGUGCUGCACGGAGAGGCUCCGCGGAUAUCUGUGUCUUUCUACCAUGUCAAAAACAACGGGAAGAUUGAACUCAUCAAGAUGUUCGACAAGCAGCAGGCGAACACCAUCUUCUGGAGCCCCCAAGGACAGUUCGUGGUGUUGGCGGGCCUGAGGAGUAUGAACGGUGCCUUAGCGUUUGUGGACACUUCGGACUGCACGGUCAUGAACAUCGCAGAGCACUACAUGGCUUCUGACGUCGAAUGGGAUCCUACUGGGCGCUACGUCGUCACCUCUGUGUCCUGGUGGAGCCAUAAGGUGGACAACGCGUACUGGCUGUGGACUUUCCAGGGACGCCUCCUGCAGAAGAACAACAAGGACCGCUUCUGCCAGCUGCUGUGGCGGCCCCGGCCUCCCACACUCCUGAGCCAGGAGCAGAUCAAGCAAAUUAAAAAGGACCUGAAGAAAUACUCUAAGAUCUUUGAACAGAAGGAUCGUUUGAGUCAGUCCAAAGCCUCAAAGGAAUUGGUGGAGAGAAGGCGCACCAUGAUGGAAGAUUUCCGGAAGUACCGGAAAAUGGCCCAGGAGCUCUACAUGGAGCAGAAAAACGAGCGCCUGGAGUUGCGAGGAGGGGUGGACACUGAUGAGCUGGACAGCAACGUGGACGACUGGGAAGAGGAGACCAUUGAGUUCUUCGUCACUGAAGAAAUCAUCCCCCUCGGGAAUCAGGAGUGACCUGGAGCGCUGUGUGCAGCCGUGUGUGGUGUGGAGCCGAGGCCGUCCUGCAGGAAGCCCACGUGACUCCCGCCUCCUCCCCGUGCUCUCUGGCUCUGGACUGUGACUGCGCCUGGAUUCUGCCAUUGCGACACAUUUUUGUGCCUUUCAGCCCCUGGUGUCUGCAGUGGGGGGUUUAAGGCACCCGCUUCCACUUCUUUCUUGUUUGGAGUUUUCUGUCGGAACCGCCGGUGUUGGCUCCGUAGACUUAGCAACGCCACCGGCAGCACCUUCUGCGCCCAGUGAUGUUUCCUUGGUGCCUGUACACAGCCGAGCGGCGUUUCCGUUGAAGGACUUGCAUCCCCAUCACGGGCAGUGGUGGACAUGUCCCGGAGACCCACCGGGAGGGCGCCGCCAUGCCUCGUACCCCCACCGUGCAGGUUGUGGCCAGUUUUCUCCACAGGUUGAAUGUGGAAAUAAAAGCAAACUUCUAUGAAA